AUGGGAUGCAACUUGAUCAUUGAAAGAACUAGAGAUUACUUCAGCCAACCGGGGGACAUAAUCAUAGGAGGCACCUUUCCCGUUUAUUGGAACAGAGUCUACAAAGAUCUGAACUUUACUACCAAACCCCCAGAACUUCAUUGUGAGAGGGUUGCUCCUCAUUUUUACGAGACCAUGCAGGCCUUAAUAUUUGCAGUUGAGGAGAUUAAUGCCCAGCCUAAGCUCCUUUCCAAUAUUACCCUUGGCUUCCAGGUGUUUGACACUUGCUUCAAUUUACGUAAGGCAGCACAUGGGACCCUCUCAAUGCUUUCUGGAGGAAAGGAAACCACCCCAAAUUAUCACUGCAACAAACUGUCACCUCUGGCUUCUAUAAUUGGGGAUUCAGGUUCCUCAGUUUCCAUUAUAAUGGCCCAGAUCUUGGGGCUCAACCGAUACCCACAGAUCAGUUACUUUGCAACCAGCCCAAUUUUCAACAACCGUUACCUGUUUCCUUCCUUUUUCCGUACCAUCCCCAGCGAUGAAUUUCAAAUGAAAGGUUUGGCUCAACUGGUCUCUCAUUUUGGUUGGUCUUGGGUUGGUCUUCUUGCCUCUGAUAAUGAUUACGGUCAAUUUGGACUUCAGUUGAUAAGGCAAGAAAUAAUAAACAACGGAGGCUGUGUGGCCUUUGCUGAGAAUAUUUUGACUGGUCAACCUAACAGGAAUGCUCCUCGUAUUGUCCAACUCAUUAGAGAGUCAACAGCAAAAGUUGUGGUUGUACUAGAUGCUGAGUCUUCCUUUGUAAUUGUGCUAGAAGAGCUGUUGAGACAGAAUGUAAGUGGAAUUAUUUGGGUAGCCAGUGAGUCUUGGGCAACUUCAGCUGUACACUCGGAAAGCAGAUUUCAAAGGGUUGCAGUUGGAACUCUUGGUUUUGCUAUCCAUGGUGCUCAACUGCCCAUGUUCUCUAAAUACCUCAACAGCCUGAGUCCUUCUAAGACGCUCUAUGAUCCAUUUAUAAAGGAGUAUUGGGAGCAAAGCUUUUCUUGUAAGUGGCUCAGUCAGGAGAAUUUAGGGAAUGGCACAAUACAAGCAUGUACAGGGAAGGAAAAUCUAGAAAACACAUCACCAGAAUCUUAUCACAGAGCAACUCUUAACGUAUACAAUGCAGUUUAUGCAAUUGCCUGGGCCUUACAGAAUUUGAUUCUCUGUGUUCCUGGAAAUGGACCAUUUGAUCAUGGUUCCUGCACCAACCUUUCUUCAUUUCAACCUUGGCACGCUCCUCUUUCCAACUGCAGCCCAAGCUGUCCUCCUGGAUUUAGAAAGGUUAUGGUAACUGGAAAGCCCCCUUGCUGUUAUGAGUGUGCCUUGUGCCCCCUAGGACGGAUUUCAAACCAAACAGAUGCAGCGGAAUGUCAUUCAUGUUCCUGGGACACGUGGCCCAAUCUGCAAAGAGACAAAUGCUUACUAAGGACAACAGAGUUCCUUUCCUAUAAAGAACCUUUGGGUUAUGGAUUAUCAGCAAUAUCCAUCUUCUCGUCUCUUAUCCCACUUGUUAUUCUGUUUGUUUUUAUCUAUUAUAAAACAACACCAGUUGUCCGAGCCAACAACUACUCCCUUAGCUGCCUUCUCCUGCUUUCCCUGUUCCUCUGUUUCCUUUGCUCUUUAGGGUUCAUUGGUUACCCACAACCUGCACAGUGUCUUCUGCGCCAGGUGGCAUUUGGAAUUGCUUUUUCUCUCUGCAUCUCCUGUGUUCUGGCCAAAACCAUCACUGUUGUCAUUGCCUUUAAUGCAACCAAACCCAGCAGCAGGUUAAGACAGUGGGCAGGAGUAAGGGUGUCCUACUGUGUUAUUGUGUUAUGCACCUUUAUUCAGUUAGUCAUAUGUGGAAUUUGGCUUUUCUUUUUCCCUCCAUUCCCUGAACUUGACAUUGACACACAACCUGGAAUCAUCAUUGCUAACUGCAAUGAAGGAUCACCAACUGCUUUCUGGUGCAUGCUGGGAUAUCUUGGCUUCUUGGCCACCAUCAGUUUCAUUGUUGCCUUCCUGGCCAGACGCCUCCCUGACAGUUUCAAUGAAGCCAAAUUUAUCACAUUCAGUAUGUUGGCUUUCCUCAGUGUGUGGGUGUCCUUUAUCCCAGCCUAUCUCAGUGCCCGGGGCAUGUAUACUGUGGCAAUGGAGGUCUUUGCCAUUUUAUCUUCUAGCUGGACUGUGAAGCUCUGUAUUUUUGUGCCAAAAUGUUUUAUAAUAUUGUUCAGACCCAACAUGAAUUCUAGAGAACAUCUCAUGGGUAAAGAGGUCAAAAAUAAAAAAAAGGGGUGA